AUGGCCUUGCGACGGGCGAGCUUUGUACCCAAGGUGCUCUUCAGAAGACGGAACAUAACACGUGUAGUUCUUGCAAUACUCUCUUUUCUCGUCUUGAGAGCCCUCUUCAGCUCGUCUCCAAAGGACCAUCCAGAGAUUCGGACGCAGCACAUCUUUGAGCGAACAUCGAAAACGCUCGAUGUACAGAAAUACGACUUUCUACAAGUCAGAAUGGGUGGAGCUCUGCAAAAGGAUAUCCUGGAUGAACUAAUUUCGGACGGUGUGGACGACUAUUGGAAUAGAUUUCAAUCCAAGUUCAUUACUUCAAAAGAUACAUCGCACGCUGAUACCCAAAUUGUGCGGAGCUCUAUAGAAGAUCUCCUUGCGAUGAAUGGAUGGGUUACCGCAUCCUGUGCGACACUCACGCGACCAUUCAGUCAGAAUCGCAGAGAAGAAGCCUGGGACGUCCUCGCUGCGCAGAAUCGCCUCUAUUAUAUUGCAAUCAUCAUCCAUUCUGCCGACCAUUUCCUCGUCGAUCAGCUCGCCGUGAUAAUUCAAAUGGCACGAAGGAUUGGCCCACAAUCCAUCUUUGUCUCGAUGCUCGACUACGACUCUGACGAUGCCACACCAACACUUUUGGAUCUCUGCGAAGCUGUCUUGACUCUGCUCGCUGUUCCUUUCCGCAUUCGUCACGUACCGCGGAUGACAGAGGAUCGAAAGAACUCUUACUACCCACAAGAGGAGGCUUAUACGCGAAAUCUCGCGUUGGAGCCUCUUUGGGAACUUCGAGAGCGUAGGGGAAUAAAUUUCCAUCGCGUUAUCUGGCUCAAGGGGUUUACUUGUCCAUACGACAUUUUGGAGACGAUCAAAGUGAGCGAGUUGAACUCGGCUGCAAUGGUCUGUGGGAUGGAUUGGGCUGAAUUCAACGGUGCCUUUAUAUUUUCCGACCGAUGGCGCGCGCGAGACAUGGACGGAGACGUGUUUCGCAGAGCAAGGUCAUCUGCACCCGCAGAGAGUGGACCUCCGAGACACGCCGUGUCCGCCACCCGAUAUGGAUCCCAUUUACCCUUUCAAGUCUUUUGCUGCGAGUCCGGUACCCACAUCGUGGAUCCCGCACAGUCGUAUUACAAAGGGAUAAAGUACCGUCAUGGAACGCACUUUUAUAACAGUACCCGAGAGGACCUCGUCAUCGAAUGGGACCGAACACAGCCGUGCCAGGAUAGUGCACAAGCGUGGUUCUGCCGAGACUUGUGGGUCGACGCCGCGAGGGAUGUGAAGAACGCAGAACAGACUCAAGAGAAGGAUUGGGUAUCUCAGAGGAAUGCCGUCCCGAUGACCAGCAAUAGUAAUACUGCAGCGGCGACGCCAUCGGACUUGCGAAAAGAGAACGUUCGCGAGAAGGACAAACGUGAAAUAGUGGCGGAAGCUGCAGGCCCACUAAACGAUGAAGUCAAGGCCGGAUCCAAUGCUGAUGCGAUGCCGGAGAACAUUGUAGACGAGGAACUCACGCCUGAAGAAGAUGAGGUGCCUCCCGUACUCAACAAGGUGUACAAGCCGGCUCGAAUCAUGAUGAAUCCACGAUGCGUGACGACAUAUGCAGGGGUCAGUCAUGCCAAACUUGCGAUGGAUUUGUUUGGCGAGGGAGACCAGGACGAGGACGACAUCUCCAUUCUCUCGCAGGGUGGAAAGUAUAUUCUAGAUCGCUGGGAGAGUGCACCAGUAAGCUUUGCUUGCCAGGAACAACGCCAGACUGGUGGGCGAAAGGCGACCAAGUCGCAGCGACGGCAAAGUUUCUCAAUCUACAACGAGCUGAAUCGAGCCUCGUGA